UUGUAUAUUUUCUUAGUUUUGUACAUUAUUAGGCAACAUGGACGAAAUUCGCGAAACAGUGGUGCAUACAAUGGAUGAUAUCCUGACGAAUCUCUGCAAACGACUGAAGGCCAUCUCCGUCGACGUGGAGAGACUGCAACGUGUGAAGGAGCAACUAACAACAAUGCAGAAUCGCCAGACUCUCGUCAAUCUGCUGGGUGUGGAUGAUAACGAUAGCUUAGCGCAGAGUGUAGAUCUGCAGAAAAUGCAGUCAAAGCUAAGCUUUCCCAUACACAAAGAUCCGAUACUGCCCAUUGCAGACACAGGUAUUGAGGACACCGAGGAUGACAUUGGGGAGGAGUUGAGCGAGGAUCUGUGUUUGUUGCCAUUUGAUGAUGAAGAUCGCUGGCAUAAUUUUUUCAACGGCUUCGAGAUCAUAAACACGCCCGACGCAGUGCUGCUGAACGGGAACAGCAAUUGCAUUGAAUUAACGCGUUGCCAAUGUGACCAGGAAUUGAAGUGCUAUUUGCUGUCAGGCGUGCGCUGUUUUAUGAUCGAUCUCUUUACGGGUACCAUACGGGAUAAUCAAACAAUGAUGUUGCAGAUCCGCGAAGCAGAGCUUAGCACUUCCAAAGAGUACGGCUUUCCUGUAGUCUCCACCGUCUUUGCCAAACUGUCGCCACGCUACCAAUACACAGGCUACCUAAGCCAAAGCUAUUCGGAGACCUGCAGCGUGGAGCUGAAGCGGGGCUAUAAGGUGAUGUUGACCGUCGACCGCCAAUACUCGAAUUGCUGUACCUCGCACGUUAUUUACGUCAAUGCGCGAUUUCUUCUCUGCGAUGUCAAGGAGUUCGACUUUAUACUCUUGGGGGAGGACAUACAACUGAUGGUGAAGAGUGUCGGCCAGGAUCAUAUCAAUUGUUGUGUAGCGCGUCCUGGACUGCUCACCUCCUACAUGCCAGUGCGGUUUCCCUCACGAUGCCGCAGAUUCCGUGUGUCCUACGAGGAGCUGGAGGACUUGACCUUUUCCCGUGAGGUGGGCAUCAACGUAGUCGUGUCGAAUUUUGUGGGCACUAUUGAAUAUCUGGACGAUCUAGAGGAAGCUAUGGCGAUGCUUGAGUGCGAUCAUCUCCGUCUGUAUGCACGCGUCGUGCUCAAUGAAAUCCUGGGCUGCGAUGGCGAUCUCAAUUGGGUGAUGACACGAUACGAUGGGCUUUUCGUAGAGCUCGCCCGACCCAAACCCACAGAGCCCACGCCCAACAUCAUGCAUUUGUGCCCAGAUGCCGAGUGCCUCAUGCAGCUGGCCCAUGAUGCGAAGAAGCCAAUUGUGUUGGACGCAACCCUCAUCAACCAGCAGAUACUUCGCAUAGAUCCUGCCCAUUACUACCAUAUGUUCUACUUUCCCGACAAAUAUCUUAUCAAAUGCGACGAUUCACUUAAAACCUAUUACUUCAGCCUACUGCAGGGCGCCAUUUUCGAUCAAAUCGGUCAAGUGGCGCUGGCUAAGAUGCCCUUCUGCGACAGCUCCCAUACGGGCGCCGACACCCUGGCCCGCUCAGUGGUAACCGCCUCGUACGAGGUUCAGGCCGUAGCCAUUGUGGUGUGUGGUGUUACCACCCGAAUGGUGCAGAAAAUCUCCCACUUCCGUCCCAGGGCCCCCAUACUGUUCAUUAGUCACAUGCGCUCGGCUGAGGACUAUGUGUCCUUGUACCACAAUGUGACGAUGCUCUCCUAUCGCACCAGACACUUUAUUUCGCAUCGUCGGAACACAUACCGAAAGGCCAUCUAUGCGCUGGCCUACUUGGCUGCCCGGAAAAAGCUGAAACACAACGAUCAGAUUAUUUUGGUGUACAACUACGAGGCGGGCACAUCGUUUCCCGAGAAUUAUCUCAUCUAUAAGUUUGACAAACACCACUUCACAGAUCAUAUGGCCUCAUCAAUGUUUCCCGUGCAGGCGGAUAAGGAGGAUAAAGAUACUAAGCCUCAUGUUCAACACAUCGGCACUUGAAAGCUCCGUCAAAUCAUUAGGUAGUAAAUAUAUUAAAUCAUUUAAAAUGUAAA